AGAGUGGCCUUUCCGCAUUCUUGUGCCCACGCUCACCCUUAGGAGGACAGGGCAGAGGCCGGCCCUCCUCCACCUCUUCGUACCCAGAUGGCUGGCAGCCACUCGGCCUCCGCUUACAUAACCCGAGCCCAGGCAUUGCUCCAUUCCCUGCCUUGGGGCUGGGUGGCUUCUGGAGGUGAGAUCAGCAGGUUGUUGCGUCACUUGUCCAGAAGAUGCCCGAAUGGGCCGGCUGAGCUGGGACAUCCUAAAAAGUCUGGGACCCUGGACUGGAGAGGCCAUGAGAGGAGGGAGGACGUGGAUCCGUGUGUUUUCCUUCAAGCUGCCAUCACCACCCCUGGAAAAGUCCUGCAGGAAUAAGUGACAGCAGGAACGACAAGGGACUAGCACUGGCUUCUUCCUUCUCCAGGUUUAAAGAAGAGCACCAAGAAGACAUCUAAACCCCCGCGUCUCAUAGGGAUAAAAAGAAAAGUCCCCGUGGAUCUCAUUUCUAGGCUGAGAUGGAUGGAGACGCCCACCAAAAGCCCAGAGAACGAAAGGUUGCCAACCAGAAGGCAGGAUGGAAAGUGCUCCUCCUCCUCAUACUGUGCCUGCUGCAAGGUUCUUCUUUGUCCCCUGCACACGGAGGACCCCAUCUCAGAUGGCUGCUGGAUGGCUCUCUCCCCUCCAGAACACCGUCCUCACCCUUGUGCUGGCGGGAGAGUUCCUUGGCAGUUGCAAAUGCACUGAAGGGCCCGAGGCUGGUGUCUGGGAAGCCCGGGGGAGCUGUCACCAUCCAGUGCCAUUAUGCCCCCUCCUCGGUCAACAGGCGCCAGAGGAAGUACUGGUGCCGCCUGGGCCCCCCAAGGUGGACCUGCCGCACCAUCGUGUCCAGCAGCCGCUACACUCACUACCGCUAUCACGGCCGGGUGGCUCUAGCGGACUUCCCACAGAGGGGCUUCUUUGUGGUCCGGCUGUCCCAGCUGUCCCUGGAUGACGUGGGGUGCUACCACUGCGGCAUUGGGGACGGAAGCACCAUGCUGUUCUUCAGCAUGAAUCUGACCGUCUCUGCAGGUCCUUCCAGCUCCCUCCCCACGGCCACUCCAGCUGCUGGGGACCUCCCCCCGAGACCUUCUGAAACAGCAUCUCCAGCCGCCGAUAGAUGGACCCCAGGACUCACCCAGACCACAGAAGGACGGGGGACAGGAUGGGACAGAGGUGCUCCAACUCCAGGAGCCAGCACAGCCACAGCCUCAGCUAAGGGGAGACAAACCCCAGGAACGACAGGGACAGCAGCUCCAGGGACAGGUGUCUGGGUGGAGGCUUCUGUCACGGCAACAGUUCCUGUUCCAGAGAGUCCAGCUUCAAACACCAGCAGCCUGUCCAACACAACAGACGGUGUUUGGAUGUGGCGCACGAGAAGCUCAAUGACAAACAGGGCUAUUGUCAGCAAGGACAGGAGGGAGAUGACAACCACCCAGGCAGACAGGCCGAGGGUGGAAACAGAGAGGGCCAGGAUAUCCGUGGAUGUGGCCAGAAAGGUCAUAGGAACCAGCAGGCCACCAGCCCUGGUCUCCGAAAAACUGCCCUGGGAAAUACCGCAAGAAACGACGCCGGUUUCUAAGCAACCAUUCCUGGGCUGGACUGAAGGAACAACCCCAGCUGCAGGAGUGUGGACCUUGGGAGCCACCAGCAUAGAGACCGCGUCUGUAGAGGGAAGCACAGAAGGGGACCUAGACGCUGCGGCUGGAGACAGUGGUCCCCAAGCGACACCGAGCCAGGCCCCCGCAGCAGGCCCCUUGAGACCCCCCGGCAAAGAGUCAUCCGUGAAGAGCUCAGGAGGCAGGAAGAGCACCACGGGUCACCCUGAUUCAGAUGACACCUUUCCUGGAGCCAAGUCUCCAAGCAGACCAGCUGCCCCCCGUGGAAAGGAAGAUGCUCCAGGAUGGCUCUCCUGCUGCCCAAGCCAGCCUGACUGUCCCGGAGAGAGACCUGGGGCCCCGAGAAAUGGAAAGAUAAACCACCCAGUCACCACGGAAGGAGGACCAGGACCAAAGACCUCCAAGACCCCCAGCCUCUUCUCAGCAUCCUUCCUCCACCUGCACGAGGAGGAGCUGAGGCAGCUGGAGCUCCACCCGGGGAAGCAAAGGCUGACCAUGCUUGGGCCCAAGAUGCUCAAGCAUUGUCCAUGGCCAAAGGCGGCAGUGUGACUUGAAGAAGGCUUCAGGAAAGGGUUUGUUAAACCCUGGAAGAGGUCACCUAGGCAAAGUGUGGAAUUUCCAUUUCUGAAUGUUUGAAAAUAGAAGAGGCUUCCAAUCAGUGUGGACAAGGACAAAUUCUCUACCACCACUCCCAGCCCUUGCUGGGCACCUCCCUUCCUGACAUGUUAGUACUCGGCCUGCUGCUCACAUGUCAUUAUAUCCGUGUAUGAUGUCUCGCCUUCUCAAGUAGAUUCUAAGCUUCUUUACGACAGUAAUUGUGUUUUAUCCAUCUCAGUAUGUCCCCAGAGAACUUCCAGCUCAGUAGGGUCCCAGUCAAUAUCUGUGGCUGAUUGGCGACUGGGAGGGCACAGCCCAGUGGCCCCUGCGGAUUUUGCCCACGCUAGAGCUCUGAAUCGUUCGGGCAUCUGGCCCUGCAUUUGGGAGUUCUCUAGAUGACCUCAGGGGCGGUGGUUUCUACAUUCAGACCACACGGAGGAACACUGCCUCACAACGUCCCUCCCCAUUUGGCCCCAUGCUCCUUAUACUGUAGACCUUUUGACCUAGUCAAGAUUUUCUGGGAUUUUCCUGGAGGAUCUUCCUAGGAGAAGGGUAUUUUCCGUAGAGUCUCCUCUUCUUCAUAAAGUUCCUCUUGUUCAACUGCUUAUAAAAAUCCUUCAUAUCAAGGACUGUGGAUGAAGCUGGAAAAGGGCUUUGGGGAUGGGGUAGGGGACGAAAGAGAGGAGUUUUAUGUGGAUUCUGCCUCAUAACCACGUAA